AUGGAAAACGAAGAAGGCAUCUCUGUCCGGCCUAUGAGGCUCAAGGUCCUCUAUACGUUCGAUAAUGAGAGCAAAACCAACUGCCUUGCCAGGUGGCCUCACAUCCUAGAUAUCCAAACCGCCUACCUUGACGAAUCCACCCAGGUUGGCGUUAUCGAGCUGAAAACUUGCAUUCAAACUAUCGUCUCGGCUAGUCCUGAAUUGGUUGCAAAGCUUGGACGGGAUUACACGGUUUAUGCGUACGACUAUUCCGAAUAUGAGACCCCACUGGUUGGUCAAGGAAUGCUUUCGUGGGUGUUGGCCUCAGCCUCACCUACACCCAAUGCCCCCGCACACCAAUCCAAAACCAUAGUCACGGGGCGUGUCUGCAAAAAUUUGGGGCUGUUUGCUAGAGGUGCACAGGAGACCCUUGAGGUCAAGCUUCGACUCGUUCCCGUACCGACCGUUCUUCAGAGCGAAUAUCUUGAGAGCAUGCAGAAGUACCGUGAACUGAGCAAUGUCAUCCCCCACGACUUCGAUGCGCAAGCAUGGACAGCUUUUUUGCAAUCGAAUCCUGGUCUGAUGUCAGGUUCCAACACAUCCUCGCACAUGGCCGAAUCCGAACACACUACGCUCGACAGAUCUGGUCUAGAGAAGCUUCAGCAACUCCUGAGUGAUGGUUCCACGCCUCGUGAGCUACCAAAUGUCGGCCCAGGAAGCUUCCGUGCUGACUCCCCGACCCAUUUUUCAAAUAACGCCCCCAGCCGAGCCUCAACACCUGGCAUGGCUCGGUCAGCAAGUCAACAGAAGAGAUCCGCGGACGAGACACUUCGUCCAGCCUCGAGAGCUUCCAUACUUAGCCCAGACUCCUAUAGAAAUACCAGCCGAAGAGGAUCCAUCAUGUCAGGCUACGGCAGUGGGGAUGAGGCAGCAGAGGGACCAGCUCCAAAGAGGGCUAAGUUGGUUAGAACUGAUACUUCGGGCAGUGUGAACACAAAUAUUGAACGGCAGCCUAAUUCUCUACGAGUGGCUGCGAGCACUGCAGCGUCUGUGAGAAUCCACCGCCCAACUCCGAUCAAUCAGGCUGUCCAUCCAUUACUAUCAAACGAGGAACCAGUCCGUCCACCAACACCCGUGCCAUCCCUCACCCAGGGCCCCAACCGCCGAAACCGUGUUGCUCCAAGCAACUUACGUCGCCAGUCAUCCAGCAGAUCCGAUUCGUCGCAGCAUUGUCCACUAAUUGCCCCAAUGCCGGUGUCUAGCAAUCGUCUUGCCUUUGACUCACAGGCUACAUCCCCAGAAGACCAUCAUUACAGCAUGCUCACCGAUACACCUUUCAAUAUGCCAUCAUCGCCCCCUAUCAUGGAAACUAACUACGCCCAAGCUUCGAGCCCUGGUCUCCCUCCUAUGUCCGACCACGACUCGGGCUUUAUGAGUGCUCAAUUUGAGUCAUUGAUUGAUGACGACAAUUACAACGAGGCCUCAAAAUCCAAUCAAAGUGGGCCAGUCUCGCAGCCAUGUGGAAACCAACCCAAGACUCUCAUGAGUAGUAUUCAACUCGAGAACUCCGCGGGAGAUUCCGCGCUGGCUCUUCCACCUCAACCAGCCAGAAUAUCAAACUCACGUCCCUCUUCCAGAGCGAGCAUGAAAUCGAUCAAGUCUCGAGUUGCUCCUAGCCAACGAGCAUCGUCUCAUAUUCAUCGUCCUACAGUACCAGCCAGUGACCCCAUUCGGCCAUCGCAGCCCUGGCAACCACAGUCGCAGCCGGUCCAUCCUCUAGCAAACGAACUGCCAUCUGUAGCUACCCCUGGUCCAACCACCCAGCAACCAAACCAGAAACCUCGCAGUGGAGCUGGUGCUAAGCGGACGAAACAGGUACAAGCUCGUCUAGAGCAAUGCAUUCGCGAAGGAACAGUGCCUCCAUUCUGCGAAAACUGCGGUGCCAUUGAGACUCCAACAUGGCGACGCGCCCAUUCAAAAGUUAUACCAGGAAACGCAGAGGAUGCAGAGGUCUAUAAUGAUGAUCCAGCUAUCCUAUUUUGGGAGCCGGCUGAGCCAGAAGAGGAUGGAUCUUAUACCUCUAUCAAAAUUUAUAAAAAGUCACUUUCCCAUGACGACCUAGAUUUUGUCCAGCUUUUGCUAUGCAACUCAUGUGGAUUAUGGCUCUAUAAAUUCAAGACCAUGCGACCCGAACACAAGUGGCACAAGUCAGGUCCAAAGGACAAGCAAAAACGGAAGUCAAGCAGAGUCAAGCCACUGGAAACACGAUCUCGUCGCAAAGCCCGUAAUGCUCGAGGCACGGAAUCUUCACCAGGUCCUUCAGACGCAUCGUCUCCUGACGGUGAUGAGGGAGCGACUACUCAGGCAGAAAAUGAUACCCAGGCGGAAAACGAUAGUGAAGACAAAGGCACCUCAAAGCAGAGCGACAAGAGAAGGGCUAGUAGCGCCGAGCCGCCUAAGUCAGCAGAGAAACGCGACCGGUGGAGGGAUGAAGAUCCAUUCGAGGCAUUGAGACGGGCUAUCCAGUCAAGUCCUGCCAGAAACUUGGAUUCAUGCAAGCCUCCGUUCUCAGAGACGCAGCUUACCCCCAAACCCGUCCGUAGGGCUUUGUUUUCCUCGAAUAAGGAGGGCGAGUCCAUGAAAACCCUGAGCGAUGCAUUGAUCAAUGGCCUACGUCGCAGUCCUCGGUCAACACCCAAGCAGCCCGGCAAGACCGUAGAUCAGGAGAAUAUUCCCCGGACACCUGCCGACGGCCUUGAUCACCUUUUCAAGGACGCGGAAGAUGAUAAUAUGCUUGAAUUCCCUGGCAGCCCAACCCCAAACCGCCGAAACAGGUCAAUCCGGUCUAAAAAAAUCCACGAUGCUACUACACACACUUCACCAUCCCAACAAACUGCCCGAGUCCUAGCUCAGGGCUCGAAAGAUGACAGCUGCCGACCAGGCUCCAUGUUGAUUAGCCCAAACAAAGGCCUCGACACGAUGGACAAUAUGGUUCUUAAUUUCUUGGCUUCGGAUAUGGACCCAUUUGCAAACACCGACUCAUUCUUCCAGUUCGAUGCACCCAAGACCCCCAAUAGCGAUCACUGGGCGAACUGGGAUCCAAAUGACUGCCUCCCGCAAGAGAACAGCGCCUCUCGCCAGCGCCAAAAGGAUGUUACCAACACUCCUGGCUCAAAGGAUAAAUCCAAGUCAGGAGGUGAGAACCCUCAAACUCCAAGGCGCGCCCGUAGUGUGCCAGCCAUUUCACCUUUCAAAUCCUUUCUUGAUAGUGAAAUAAACGAUAUUUCAGGCAUGCCAGAGUCUGAUAUAUUUGACGCUGCAUCACUCGUCGAUCCGCAGCUGAUGAAUCUGUGGGCGAAAGACACCACCAAUCCAUCACCUCGUGCCAAUGGUACGGACGGCCUCGACCCAGCGGUCUUCUCCGCGAUGAUGCAAGAGAUUCGCGACACCACCAGAGGCCCAUAG